GGCCGGAGCGGCCUGGGCCCGGCGGAACCGGGCGGAGCCCGGUUGCCCUCGGCCAGGCACCGCGGGCUGCACGAGAACCCCGGGGAGCGGGGCGCCCCAGAGUGCACCUCGGGGCGCAGGAGGCCGACCCGCACUAGGGUGCGAAAGAGGCGCUGGGAGAGUCGCGGGACCCUCCACAGGCAAGGGCGGGGCCUCCGCGGCGCCCCUCCCACCCCCAAUCCCGGCCCCGCCCCGCACUGGGCUGGGGUCCGCCUCCCUCCCCAGCCCGGGACCCAGCGUCGCGAGCUCCCCCCGGGGUGCCAUGGCCUCGCGGCUCCUGCACCGGCUGCGGCACGCCCUGACCGGCGACGGCCCCGGGGAGGCAGCGGCCGGCCCCGAGGCCGAGCAGUUCCCGGAGAGCUCGGAACUGGAGGACGACGACGCCGAGGGCCUGUCGUCCCGCCUCAGCGGCACCCUGAGCUUCACCAGUGCCGAGGACGACGAGGACCAGGACGACGAGGACGACGAGGAGGCUGACCCCGACCCGCUGCCCGAUGGGGACCGGGAGGCGGGAGAAGACGCAGGCCCAUCCUGUGCUCAUGCAGAACGGAGUCCCCCACCUGAUGGGCAGCGGGGCAGUCAGCUCCUGACACGGCAGUUGCAAGAUUUCUGGAAGAAGUCCCGGAACACCCUGGUACCCCAGCGGCUGCUCUUUGAGGUGACCAGCGCCAACGUGGUCAAGGACCCGCCCUCCAAGUACGUGCUCUACACCCUCACCGUGAUGGGCCCGGGGCCACCGGGUCGCCAGCCAGCCCAGAUCUCCCGCCGAUACUCGGACUUUGAGCGGUUGCACCGAAACCUGCAGCGGCAGUUCCGGGGCCCCAUGGCUGCCAUCUCCUUCCCCCGCAAGCGCCUGCGCCGGAACUUUACCACAGAGACCAUCGCCCGCCGCAGCCGGGCCUUUGAGCAGUUUUUGGGCCACCUCCAGGCAGUGCCUGAGCUGCGCCAGGCCCCGGACCUGCAGGACUUCUUUGUGCUGCCGGAGCUGCGGCGGGCGCAGAGCCUCACCUGCACUGGCCUCUACCGCGAGGCCCUGGCGCUCUGGGCCAACGCCUGGCAGCUGCAGGCCCAGCUGGGUGUCCCCUCAGGCCCAGACCGCCCUCUGCUGACCCUGGCGGGGCUGGCUGUGUGCCACCAGGAGCUGGAGGACCCUGGGGAGGCCCGGGCAUGCUGUGAGAAGGCCCUACAGCUGCUGGGGGACAAGAGCCCUCACCCUUUCCUGGCCCCCUUUCUGGAGGCCCACGUGCGGCUCUCCUGGCACCUGGGCCUAGACAAACACCAAUCAGAGGCCCGGCUCCAGGCCCUGCAAGAGGCAGGCCUGACGCCCACGCCACCCCCCAGUCUCAAAGAACUACUCAUCAAGGAGGUACUGGACUAACCACACCUAGACUUAAGGCCACUGUGGGGAGAAGCACUGCCCCAGGAUGGGAAGUGGGGUAGGGGCGGAUGAGGACACGGACAGCAGUUAGGAGGCGACCAGGGGUGCUGGGAACCCCUAGAAGUUCCACAAAGGAUUUGUAGCAGACUGAAGAAAUGUGCUUCUUCUGUUGAGCUGGGCUCAGGACAAGCUUUGGCUAGGAUGGUGCAGGGAGAAAGUCUGGUGCAGCCUCUCCAGCUUAUGAAUAUCUGGGGGCUGUGCCCCAGGUCAGGGUCAAUGGUCUUUUUUCCUUGGGCCUCCAAGCCAGCCUGGCUAAGGGCCAGGGACUCUGGCCCAGGAGUCCUGGCGUUGAUGGCUGGAGGGAAGGCUGCAGUUCUGGCCCAGGGGGAUUAAAAGGCCAGCAGCUCCACUGGUAUAAGUCUCUUUAUUCCAUGUUCAGGACCAAAGGCCCAGCCCUGGAUGGUAACUCCUGCCUCAGGAGCAGGGGGGAGAAGGGAGAUCCUUGAAGCCCCAGACCAAGCUGGUACCUCUGGCUACAGCUUGCUCUUUGAGUCCCGGGGCUUCACUCGGAUCACGCCCUCCUGGGCACAGGACAUAGCCAGGACCCCGUCCCGACGCCACAGCCGCCCGUGAACUAGGCCCCGGGAGCCACCUGCGAAGAUAAGGGAGAGAACGGCCUUCUGUUUCCUUCCACCCAGCCAAAUGCCCUCCUUGAAAAACGUACAGCUCAGGUUGGGCCACCCCAUGCCAGGGUACGCUCAGCGUUGUGGUCACUCCCAAUCUCCAAGCACCCUUUUAGGAGCCUAUUAUGGUUGGUCAUCGGGGGUAACUCCUCCCAUGGGAAUCCCACUUGAUGGUUUAAAAGCACUUUCAAUUAUCUGCUGGCUUCCUCAAAAAAAUCCCAAGGGGAGACGUUCUGAGAACAGUCUCGUUCAGUAGCUCAGCGAACCAGAUCUGCCCCACUUCUGGCCACCUGCGUGAGGAAACCCAUCAGUUCCCUUUAUAAUAAAUCAAACCAGGCCCUCCGGGCUGGUAAUUCAUUCAAACAAACCAACCAACAAAAACCCCACCUCCAUCCCCUCAGGGACAAAGGGGCUCGGAGGACAGGACGGGACAGGACGCAGAGCCGUGAGGCCUGGCCACCCCCUCCCCACGUGGAGAUUCUCCCUUGCUAGCCCAGGGCCUUAGUCUGAUAUUUAGGAAGGGAACUGCUGGUUUCUCUUAUAUGCAGAACAGCUCACUUAGGCCUCACGGUGACCAAGUGAAGCAGGCCUUGUCCCCUGUUCCAGAUGAUGCCACUCAAGUCCAGAGAGGCUGAGGAACUGGGCCUUAAGGAUCAGGCCAAACAUGAACCCGAGAGUCCUAACUUCAAGGUGGUGGCUCCUUUAUUGUGAUGCUGUUGGUGCUGGAGAGCCCCCCUUCCCUGAGUAUAAAAAGUCCCUCAAGUUUUGUCCCUGUUUCACAAAGCAAGGCUUUUCUUUGUUUGAAAUGCACUUCCUUGGAAAGGAACCCAGGGCUCUGAGACUAGGCACUGAUGAACGAGUCUGGGUUUCUCUCUUAACACUAUAAGGAGUAUCCAAGCGGUGGGGCCCUUAGAGAAUGCUGAGUGCCCUGACCCUCAACCAGGUUAAUUGUCAGAAUCACUUAGGGAGCUUUUUUUUUUUUUUUAAUUUUUUGGCCGUGCCGUGCAGCAUGCGGGAUCUUAGUUCCCCGACCAGGGAUCAAACCUGUGCCCCCUGCAGUGAAAGCACGGAGUCUUAACCACUGGACCGCCAGGGAAGUCCCAGGAGCUUCUUAAAAGUAGUUUCCUGGAUCUCGUCCAAGACCUGCAGAGUCAGAAUCUUGGGGAUGGAAUCUGAGAAUGUUCUGAAAAAGCUCCCCCAAGUGGUGGUCUGAUGGGCCACCAGCUUUGGAUACUUCUGUUUUUUUUUUUUUUUUUUUUUUAUGCUAUAAGUUUAUUUACAAACAUAUCUAGGAU